AUGGAAAUUGUUGUUUAUUUGGCACUAUUUGUGCUUGCUGCAGUAUUCUUUUUCUCGCUAUUCAUACUGAUUGCUAUGUGUCGAAGGCGUGCUUUGACAACGAAACGUUUCGCCGAAGCUACUUCGUUACGUUUCACAAAAGUGGAUAACGAGAAUGUUGAAAGUGUUGUGCAACUUGAGCCACUGAUCGGUAAGCUAGCUGAUCAUAAAAAAUUAUUUCUGGAGAAAAAUAUUUUUUCUAUUUUUGAAUUGAUUUCUAUUUCUGAAUUGAGAAAAAUGUUUUUUUUUUAUUUUUUUUUUUUCUAUUUUUGA